AACAGCACUCUUGACAUUGUAAAACCUGUAGGCUAUCAGUGGACAUGACCGCCGCUGUGAAACGCCACCUACUAGAGAAAUCGAAACCUAUCGGAGGAAUGAAAGCCUUAACAUUAGUAGAAGUCCCCCAUUUUGCAUCGGAGCCCAGCACACUUCCUGAAUCUCAGCAAUUCCGCGUAUUACCUACAGUUUCGGACAAUGGCUUUUAAUCAACAGGCUCCUUUUUACAACCCACCAAUCCCCUUCACUGGAUCCAUCCAUGGUGGUCUGCAGGAGGGGAAGUCCAUCAGCAUCAGUGGACGGGUCCAGCCAGGAGCCGACAGGUUCCAUGUGAAUUUACAGUGUGGUUCCCAGACCAAUGCAGACAUUGCUCUCCAUUUUAACCCACGGUAUGACAGUCACCCUGGUUAUGUGGUUACCAACAGCUUACAGUAUGGCAGCUGGGGUACCGAAGAAAGGAAGCAGAACUCUCCGCUCCCUGCUGGCUCGACCUUCACCCUGCUCAUCACAGUGUCCCGCGAGUCCUAUCAGCUGAACGUCAAUGGCUGCCAAUUGAUGGAGUACAAACAUCGCAUACCAUUUCACCAAGUGGACACCAUCGCAGUAGGCGGGAAAGUAGAAAUUGCCUCUAUCACUUUCCAGAACUCUAUGCCAGCAUUUCCUGGACAGCCAGCAUUUCCCGGACAGCCAGCUUUUCCUUCACAAGUGGCCUAUCCCACCCAGGCCGCCUUCCCCUCUUAUCCGCCAUUUCCAUCUCAGCCAGGAUUCCCCGCGCAGCCUGCUUUUCCUCCUGCACUUCCUGCUGUUCCAUACAACAGCGUCAUCAGUGGAGGACUUAAACCUGGCAGGACCAUCACCAUCCAGGGGACUGUCCACCCCAAUGCCACGAGGUUCAAUGUGAAUCUUAACUAUCACGCUGGCGUCGCUCUACAUUACAAUCCACGUUUCAACGAGAAUACUGUGGUUCGAAACACCAAGCAGGGGGCGAUGUGGGGCUCUGAGGAGCGUGAUGGAGGGAUGCCCUUCCGCCGGGGACAGCCUUUCACGAUGACCAUCUGUUGUGAAAAUCACUCCUUCAGGAUUGUGAACAAUGGGAUGCAGGCACACACGUACAGACACCGUUUCACUCCGCUCAAACACAUUACAGGCCUGGAGAUCAACGGCGACAUCACUCUGACCUCUGUGAUAGUGUAGAGGUCCAGGACCUGCUGGUCUUGAAAUCAUACACACAUCAGGGUUUGUCUGACAACCACUGCCACAAAAAUUUAAGUCAUGCUCAUUGAUUACUUUGGAUAUUUACUGGAUAUUGUAAAUUUACUUCCUGUGUGUUCAUUCUACAAAUAAUCACUCAUUGUAUAUUAUUAUAUGCUAUACAUGUCCUGAAAACAGUGGCUCUUAAAGUAAAAUGAUCAAGUCAAGUAAAUCAAAACACUUAUUAACUGUUGGAGUUCACUGAACAUCAGACUGAAUGCAGCUGUUUUUCUAAUGAAUGAACACACUGUUUUAUCUCUCUACAUUGCCUCUUGAUUGUAUAAUCUUUAAUACUUACAAGUGUUAUAUGUAAUACAAACUGAAAUAAGAAUAUACAACAUGUGCUAUGAUGUGAAGAAUUCUUUAUUGCUGAAACAUAAUGAAAUAAAAGUCAAGAAAUUGA